AACGCGUCAAUUUGACAAUAAAUACUAAAGUUAUAUAUAAACAGAUUUUGCUUUCAUUACACAUAUUAUAAUGGGUCAAAUAUUGGGGACAUGGAACACUCGACAUCUUGGUCUUAAAAUGGACGAGAAGCCAACGUUUGGCGAAACGGCUGGUUUUAAAUAUUCUAGGACAAAACGGGAGGCUUGUGCACAAGAGAAUCAUUUGAUAUCAGCAAAAAUUCCACCAAAAUACAGAGACUACUGCGCGCAUUGUUUACUGGAAUAUUCUGUGUGCCGAUACAAAAAUUGGCCGUUACUCUAUAAGUGUGCUCACGAGAAACACAAUUACCUUAACUGUGAGAAGAACGAUUAUGUUAUAAGAUUAAAGGAAUUCGAGAGAGAAAGAAGACUACGCGAACGCGAAAUAAGAAUACAGAAGACAAAGGCUUAGUUUAUGAUAAUAAAUUUUCAAAGUUAUUUAUUCCUGAUACUUUUAUUGGCUGUAUAAAUUUGGUUUUUAUUGUUGUCUCAUUUUCCGAUUAAGAAACACAUGAGCUUGUAUAUUAGUUGGUACAAGAAGCUUAAUAAUUUUUCUAUGCAUCGAGAUGCUUUAAAUAAAAACAAUGAAAUUAUUACCGCGAGUUUAAUUGAAUUUGUCUAGAAAGGAUACUAUGAAAAUUAUAGAUAUACUGAUACAUGCUAACGUAUCAUCUUUUAUUAUUAUA